AUAACUCGCAGGACAGUUUAUUUUUUGAGUGAUGAAAAGGACCUGCUCGCAUUUCCACGCAGAAGACUAAGGGGACUGUGCAAGUCAACUGGCUAGUCUGGAUAGUCACCGCGCCGCAAAAGACAGAUACAUUCACCCACAAUCCACUCGAGGAAGAUCUUCCCCCUUUUUUUUCUUCCAUCCCUCCCUCCUCAGACUCCCUCUGCCAGACACAGAGCCCGUAUUCAGAGCACCGGGACUCGGCUGGAGGAGCGCGUUUGGAUACGGGAGGUUUCUGGAGAUCACCAAGUAGGGCAGCGGCGGAGUGCGCCCUGUCUAAUCAAACGAUCAAUCAAUCAAUCAAUAAAUCGGCCGGAUCGCAAGCGAGGAGCCGACAGCCUCCUUCUCUUCCGCCUGCUCGAAUCGAACCGAUUUCGUUAAAUGUGCCGCAAAAGGUUGACGUGAAAGACCGAUCAACCAGGCUCGCUGCAAAUGUGCCGUUCGCGCGCUCAACGCUCUCAAUGACAACACGGUCUCUCACUAACGGAAACACUUUUGCUAUUGGAGAGGAAAACGGAGAGGGACACGCGAGUCUGUUUAUGUCACGUUACCGCUGUCGGGACACUCUGAGUGACUAGUUUAGGUUUUAAAUAGGCUAUUGAAUAGUUGAGGCUGUCGCCGGAGUCGUGAUCAGCGGGAAUGAGACUGAGGGAAUCCACCGCAGCUCGGAGAACUGGGCUGGCUUUCGCUCGGGAACUACAAGGCUAGAUAUACAACUUUUGUGUUAGACUUUAUCUUUCGAUAUGGAGCGAUCGGCAUCGCUGGACAUCGAGGCGCUGAAGAUGACUCAGGAGCAGUACAUCCUGGCAUCUCAGCCAAACCCCCUCCAAAGGCCGGGAUGUGCUACUGUGUACCCAGUGGGGAUUUAUGGCUGGCGAAAGCGCUGUCUUUAUUUCUUCAUCCUUCUCCUCCUUGUCACCAUGAUUGUCAACCUAGCCUUGACCAUCUGGAUUUUAAAGGUCAUGAACUUCACCGUGGAUGGCAUGGGAAAUCUCCGUGUAACCAAAGAGGGCAUCAGAUUAGAGGGAGUGUCGGAGUUCCUCCUUCCACUAUAUGUGAAAGAGAUCAAAUCCAGACGGGAUAGUCCUCUGGUCUUACAGUCAGACCGCAAUGUGACGGUGAAUGCACGAAAUAACCUUGGCCAGCUGACAGGACAGCUCACUGUGGGUUCUGAGAUGGUAGAAGCCCAGUGUCAGCGGUUCGAGGUGAGAAGUAGUGAUGGCGAGAGAGUUCUCUUCUCUGCUGAUGAAGAGGAGAUCAGUAUUGGCACAGAUAAACUGAGGGUCACAGGCAACGAGGGAGUUGUGUUUAGUCAUUCGGUGGAAACGCCACACGUUCGUGCUGAACCAUUCCAAGACCUGAAGCUAGAGUCCCCGACGAGGACACUGACACUGGAGGCUCCAAAAGGCGUUGAAGUCAAUGCAGGAGUAGGGGAAUUCAAAGCUUCUUGUAGGAAAGAUCUUACUUUAGAGUCUUCAGAAGGAGAGAUCUUUCUAAACGCAAACUCAAUCCGUCUUGGAAAUCUUCCACACGGGAGCGUGGACCCUUUGCUCGGUCCAGGGACCACGUACCCCAAACAGACUGUGUACGAGGUGUGCGUAUGCCCCAGCGGCAAGCUGUAUCUGUCUCCUGCAGAGAGCUCUUCCACCUGCCAGACCACCAACAGUGUGUGUCUCUGGAGCUGAGAAAGGUGGGUGGGCCAUGGACCACCCAGCACCAGAAAGGCCUUCCUUUACCUUUCCACUCCUGCUCCUUCCCUUCCUCCUCCUUCUCUGAUCUCUUUUCUUUCUCAAUACAUAUCUGUUACGCCUUUCUUUUAUCCACCUAUUCAUCCAGGUGUCCAUAUCUCCAUUCAUUGGUCUGCCUAGUAUCCAUCCAUCCGUCCAUCCAUCCAUCCAUUCCUUCAUCUAUCUAUCUAUCUAUCUAUCUAUCUAUCUAUCUAUCUAUCUAUCUAUCUAUCUAUCUAUCUAUCUAUCUAUCUAUCUAAUCUGUCUGUCUGGCUAGUUAUCUAUUGUAAAAUCUUAUGUACGCUCAGUUUGUCUGUCUAUCAUGAAAGCAUCUCUUUCUUUCUCUCUCUCUCUGUCUGUCUGCCUUUCUAGCAAGUGUUAGUUAGCUUUUUAUCAUAAAAAACAUGUGUCUGUCAUUUCGUCUGUCUAGUUAUAUAGCUAGCUUUUAAUCAUAAAAACAUCUGCCUGUCUGUCAGUCUAGCUAGUUAGCCUUUUAUCAUGUUAGCAUAUGUCUGUGUGUCCGUCAGUCUGUUUAUCUAGCUGGUUAGCUAUUUUUAUUGUCAUUUUUGUUUUCAUAAAAACCUCUAUCUGUCUAUCUUUCUGUCUGUCUGUCUGUCUGUCAGUCAGCCAGUCAGUCUGUUUGUCUAGCUAGUUUUUUCUCUCUCUCUCAUUAAAGUAUCUGUCUGUCAGUGGGUCUGUCUGUAUAGCUAUCUACUGUAGCUAGCUAGCUGUAUAUCACGAAAGCAUUUGUCUGUCUAACAGUCAAACUGUCUAGAUAUCUAGCUAGCCUACAAAUUUCUGUCUGUCUGUCUAUCUGUCUAUCCAUCCUUCGGUCUGUCUGUCAGUCCAUCACCAUUUCUUUUCCACAUUGACCGUAUAACAUUCUAUCCCUUUUUUGUCAUUUUUCUUUGUCUUCCUCUUUCUCUCGUCUAUUAUCUUCCUCUUUCAAUUUAUCCUCUUUCCCAUCUUCCUCUUCCCCUUUGUCCUCUCAAGCAGAAAUCAGGAAUCAUUAGGCGUAUCUUGGCUCGGUUGAAGCUGCAUCUUCCCAAUCUGUAAAUGGAGCAGAAACUCUUGUUUUUUUUUUUUUGUGUUUUGUUCCUCUUUUUUUUGUAUGAGCGUCUGACUCAGUGGAGGAUUGUGAAUGUGUGCCGGGACGCUGGACUGCACUCGUGAAUGAGCACACACACGGCGACCUGCAAACGAGCGUGUGUUUUUCUAAAGAAGAUACAAAGGUGCCUUUGCUACUGUUAGUAAAGCACAUCACCUGCUACUCUCCCUCCACGUGCAGUAAGACUAAACUCCGCUAGGAAAACUGACCGAACGGACCCUCUCCUCUCUUUUAGUUCCUUCAUCAAAAAGACACUAUGAUAAACAGAAAAGAAAACAAAAACUUACUUUCCUCUUGGAUGUUUCUUUUUUGGAAAAAAAGCACAAGAUUAUGCCAUGUAUAUAACAACAUUAAUAAAUAAUAAUAAAAAGAGAAAGUUUAUUUUAAGAAUUUUGUAUUCAAGAAUGCUUGAUAACAUUUCUUUUUUUAUUGUUUAGGUCUCAUGGACAUGUUUACAUGUACUAUGGUGAGUUAAUGUUAAAAAUAAUAUUGUUUUUCUUUUUUCUUCUUCUUUUUCCUUCUCAUUUUUUUUUUAUAUAUACUCUUGACCUGUUAUCAACCAAAUUCAUUUGUUGGAUUGUAUUUAGUUCCUAACUAAAAUUGAUCCUGCCAGUCAAAAAGAGGUGCCGUAAUCUUUUCCCAACUCUAUGGCUUUGUAUUUUAUUUGAUAUCAUUGUGUGUGUGUGUGUGUGUGUGUCUUUUUUAUUCCCUCCACAUGAUGUAGUGUAAAAAUCAAUACUGCAAGCUUAUUAUUAAUCAUCAUUGUUACAUUAUUUACUGUUUUCGGUGUUUCGGACCAUGGGCCACUGCACUUGGGUAAAUUAAAAUAUGAUUUAGAGCGUUGUUACUGCAAAAAGAUUUUAGAGUGAAUGAAAAGUAAACUGCCAAUGUGGAAUAACCUUUCAUAGUUUUUGACCCAUUUGGAAUUAUUUGCAUUUGAAAAAAUGUAUUAAUGCAAGAAUAGCUCCUAAAAUAUAAUUUCAUAGUAAUAAAUUAGGUGGUAAUCGAAAACAGUUUUAUUAAAUAAGCAACAUGCACAAAAUUAGGAGCCAUUCAUGUAAAAAAAAUCUAAUUCCAAAGAGGUUAUCACACUUAUUGUACAGCAGUAAUCCAAUAACACUUGUGUUUAUGGCUGUCAUCAACUUCAUUAUGACACAUGAAACAUUGUCGUUUGAAAAUUUUGACAGAAGUUUUCUUCACUUGCGAGAGACAUAACAAAGUAUGUUUGGCAAUAGGAGUUAAAAGGUGAAAAAUAAAGUGAUUAUGCCUGUAAUAACUGAAGUAUACCUCUAAGUUCAAAAAAAAAAAGAAAUCUAGGAAAGAAGAUAUCCACAUAUGCCCUCAUAAAUGUCCAAAAUAUAGAGGAAACUCUAGAGUAACACAGAACGGGCUAAUGUACAGUAGUCUGAGGUGCUUAGCAUCAAAAUAACUGUUUAUUUAUUUUUGUGUUUACGUUCUGUAGGAGAGAAGAUUUCUUAAGAGAAAAACAAAGAUAUAUUUUCUUAUAAAUUCUAUGCAAUGUGUUUGUAAGAUUGCUGUGAGGUUGGAGAAUUAUUCAGUUAUAUAAGAGGUCAAAAAUAAUGUCCUAGAUUUUCUUUUCAUCCAGUAUUACGACACUCAAAUUAAACUGGCUCAUGAAAUGAGUUUGAAAAUAAUUAAAAAUAAACAUGAAAUGAUGAACACAUGCAAAUAUGUUUGUUUGGGAUAUUAAAUAUCUUUAUUUGGGAGAUGAAACCCAGGCACUGUCUUUCUCUUCGUCCGCUUCCCAUGCUGUUUCUCACCGAUGUCAGAGUCCAUGAGGAGUUGAUUUAUUUUCUGUGAAGAAAAGUAAGGACAUAUGUCGCUACAUCUCCCUGUCUCUGUCUUUUUAUUUCUUUAUUUGCUGUCCAUUUUCUAUCAAUGUUUGACUAGAAUGGAAAGAGGCAGGCAGAGGCAGUCUUUGAGGCUUUCGAAUCAAAUUUACCAUGAAAUAGAACAUCUUCAUAAAAGGAUGAGGUCAGUGUUUUGGUUAGGACUCACUCCUCUGGCACCUCUACUCUCAUUUGGAAAAGCAGAGAGGUCUUAUAAAGCUUAUGAACUCUGAGAGAGAAGCUAAACAUCUGAGGAGAGCGAAGGCCAUAAAAAACGAUUCAUUCUUCACUGUAUUUUGUGCUCAUAAAUUUUGGCCCACUAUUAAAAACGUGUUUUGAGUGUAAAACAAAUACCCUUCUGGGGUUUUUUUUGCUUGUUUGUUUUUUUUUUAAACACAUGUACUUUUUUUUCAGUCGCUGCACUUUAUUUACCCUUUACAGUAUGUGUUUUAAAAUGAGAUUUGAAGGUGAAAUAUGAUUAAAUCUGUUUCCAAGGGCUUUGAAAACAAACUUUGUUGAGUCUUGAGAUACAGGUUCGUUACAAAUUCAGUGUGAAUUUCAUACUUAUUGUUUAAUACCAUCUGUACUACAGUGUUUGGAUUUUGAAAAUGAUUAAAAUUAAAAAAAAAAAAAAAGAAGAAAAGAAAAUAGCUUUCCUAAACAAUGAAUAACUUGUCUAGGACAAAACAGCUUGUUCGCUGAGUUCACUUGGAUUGAAUAGCGUCUAAGAAGAUUGCCUGAAUUUAAUUGUAGUUGUAUUCUACUCUAAAUAAUGAAUGUUUAUGAGACUUCUCAUUGGCAUUCAGAAGGGAGAAACAUGUUGAAUAAAGAGUCGAGAAAUAGAUGGACAACCCACAGGAGGCAAAUUACUGAAAUCAAAUGCGCACACACACAAACAAACACUUUACAGUUUUCACUUCACUGUAUUACUGUUAUAGCUCUCUUUCUUUAUUUCUUUCUUCAUGUCCCUAUGUCUUCAAGGUCAUUUCCACCUUAGUUUUUUCAGUCUUUUUUUUUUUUUUUUUUUUUACUGAGCUAACACCCUGAGACUUGAACAACGUGGACGAAAAUGAGUGCGAAUGAUAGUCUUUACAAUGUCACACACUGCCCUAUAUCGUGUAUUUUUUCACAGCUCACACCUUGCAACAUUCUUCUAUAGAGACUGCGUCUACUAAAAGUAAGAAGGAUGUUUUGUCUGCUGAACAAUCAGUGCGUUGUUAAACAACGAUGUACAAUGCAUCGAACAGGCUGCACUUCUAUCCCUCACAUCGUGCUUUCAUUUCGGUAAAAGAAAAAAAAAGUCACUGUUGCAUGAGGUUUUUCAGUGGAAAAACUUUGACGUGUUUGUAAACCACCCACAAUUCACUUCACGCUGUAGAGUUAUGUAAAAAAAAAAAAAAAAAACAACACAUACUUUCUAUGUAAAUGACCCUAAUUAUUGCAGCUUAUUCACAAAACUGUUUACCUGAUGCAAUACAUGUGCUGUUACUGCCUGCAAAGACUUUUUGUUUGUUUUUAUUUUCUGUUGAUCAUGACAGCAUUCAUUUUUCAAACGAUGAUCGAAUGAUGUAGGACACCAUUAAAACCGGGCGUAUAUCCAGAUAUCGAGGGUAGAUAAACGUGCUUCUUGCGUUUUCAAAAAAAGUCCAUUUUAAUGUCUGGCUUGCCAAUGUUGUAAAAUUUCUACAAUUUAAAAGUUUAAGUUUUACAUUUUUUUAAAGCUUUAAUUGUUUAUUUAU